GCGGGGGGCGGCGGAGCCAUGCGGAGCCCGGGCUGAGGGGCCGCGCCUCGCCAUGAAGCGGCAGAACCUGCGCACGGCCGCGCUCAUCCUCUGCAUCUUCUCCUACCUGCUGGUGGGCGCCGCCGUCUUCGAUGCGCUGGAGUCGGAGGCGGAGAGCGGCCGCAAGCGGCUGCUGGAGCAGAAGCGCGGGGAGCUGCGCAGGAAGUACCGCUUCUCCGCCGACGAUUACCGGGAGCUGGAGCGGCUGGUGCUGCAGGCCGAGCCGCACCGCGCCGGGCGCCAGUGGAAGUUCGCCGGCUCCUUCUACUUCGCCAUCACCGUCAUCACCACCAUCGGCUAUGGGCACGCUGCCCCGGGCACGGAUGCUGGCAAAGUGUUCUGCAUGUUCUACGCGAUCCUGGGCAUCCCCCUGACGCUGGUCAUGUUCCAGAGCCUGGGCGAGCGCAUGAACACCGUCGUGCGGCUCCUGCUCAAGAAGAUCAAGAAGUGUCUGGGCAUGAGAACCACCAACGUCUCCAUGGAGAACAUGGUCUUGGUGGGCUUUCUGUCCUGCAUGGGGACCCUGUGCAUCGGGGCUGCGGCCUUCUCUUAUUUUGAGGGCUGGACUUUCUUCCAUGCCUACUAUUACUGCUUCAUCACCUUGACCACCAUCGGCUUCGGAGACUUUGUGGCCCUGCAGAAGAACGAGGCGCUGCAGAAGAAGCCGCCCUACGUGGCGUUCAGCUUCAUGUACAUCCUGGUGGGGCUGACGGUCAUCGGCGCCUUCCUCAACCUGGUGGUGCUGCGCUUCCUCACCAUGAACUCGGAAGACGAGCGGCGCGACGCCGAGGAGAGGGCCUCGCUCAGGAGGGCCCGCAACGCCAUCCACCUCACACCCAAGGAGGACGGCCGCAGUAACAAGGCCAUCUUUCUGCCGGCGGAGGACAGGACGAGCCAGAUGAACCUGAUCCCGCUGGUGCAGGAGGACGCGGAGCGGCAGCGGCGGCAGUCGGCCAACGCGGCGGGCAAGGUGCCGGCCUUCUGCACCUGCCUGUGCUACCGGGCCCCGCUGUGCGGCAGCCCUGCGCCCUCCCACCCCGAGACCCUGAGCUGCCACACCAACCCCGUCUACUACAAUUCCAUUUCCUACAAAAUCGACGAGGUGUCGCUGAGCACGCGGGGACAGAGCGGCUCGUCCCCGGCCAGCACGUUGUCAUCCGGCAGCCCCCGGUGCCCGCGGCACCCGCGGCCGCGCAGGAGAUCCAUCUAGGAGCCUCGUUGUGCUGAUGAACAAUUAAUGGAGGGCUCAGGCCCCUCUGACCUCUCCCAUUUCUUCUGCUCCUCCCUCCCAGCUGGCAGCCAGCCCUACACAGGGGACCCUGGGCCUGGCGAUGGCAUCGCUCCUCCAGCAGGGAGCGAGCCCCACUUACGCACUGUUUGGUUUUCCUUCCUCCCAAGAAGGCUCCAGCAUUUGGGUCUGGAAGAGGCCCCCCAACAGCAGGGUGUAGGUUUGCUUUCCCACCUCCCUGCUCUCAAAUGAAGGCAUUGCUGCCUUGGUCAUCGAGCCACGGUCACUGCCUCUUGCCUCACAGGCCGUGUCACAUCUGCCAAGAGCACAGCAAUGGCCAAACACACGUUAGCAAGUACUGCAGGGCUGAAUAUGUCCCAUAGGCUGUCCCCUGGGCACAGACAAGGCCGCGCCAUGCAAGGACAGGACCCUCUGGCUGACAUGAGGGAUUUAGAAGCCCUGGAGCUGAGCUCCAUGCACACACCUGGCAGCAGGUCCUCCAGCAUCACGCUCACUGGGACUGCUUGGUGGGAAGCACUGCAGCCAAACCCGUGAACCCACGCUGUGCUGAGGGCUCAGCCCCAGGGAGCUCCUCCCUGAACCAUGCAGCCACCUGCACAGGGCCAGGCCACAAUCAGGACAUUAGCAAAGAGGCUGCUUCCAGCUGGUGCUCCAUGCCUUGUCUCACUCUGCAGGACAGCGGGGCUGGGCUCUGGCAGAGGGUGCAGCUCUGCUUCACUUUUUUGUUUUCCCCCAAUAAAGAGACAUUUUCGCUCAAUUCUAUCUAAAAACCCCUCCUGUGUGGUUUUCCUCUCCAUUUUGCCUCCGGUAGGGAAGGCAUGUGGAGUGCCCACAUCGGGAUGGCUUCAAGGCAGGCUUUUCUGUCUCUUUUUUGUUCUGGGAGGUUUAAUAAAAGGUGAACCCAGCUGCUGGUGGUCAAGUGUUUGUCACAAGAAAGGAGCAGACGUGCCCGAGCCCAAAGCCCAGCGCGCUGCCGGGCUCACUGUACCUUGCCAUGUGGAUGUCUGCGUGCAGGGAUGUCCCUGGGGGACACGGGUUGCUUAGUGACUGUCUGAGCCC